GGGCACAGGUGGGUGGCACUGGUGGGCACAGGUGGGUGGCACUGGUGGGCACAGGUGGGUGGCACUGGUGGGCACAGGUGGGGGCACUGCUGGGCACAGGUGGGGGCACUGCUGGGCACAGGUGGGGGUACUGCUGGGCACGGGUGGGCGGAGCUAGUGGGCGCACUGCUGGGCGGAACUUGCGGGUGUCACUGCUGGGCACCGAUCAUCAGGGCACUGAUCAUCAGUGCCCUGAUGAUCGGUGCCGAUCCCCGCUCUGACAACUGCCGGUUCUCGACAGUACUUUCCUCACAAUCUGACAGCGUGAGGAAAGUGCAGCCGAGAACCGGCACUUGC